UUCGAAAUUUGAUAGCUCACCUUUUUAGGCCGCAAAAUCGAUUCCGGAUACGGUAGGUGGGCACGUGGCUUUAAUUUCUCGGAACAUACAUCAUUAGCCACCUUAGCAGUUCGUGAAAUCGAUAUCGGUGCCGCAGCUAGGCGAGGAGGUGGUCGAAUUGGCCGGCUGGAGGGCUCAUCGACGUCGCGUCGUCCGAAGUUGCAAAGUCGUGCGCUUUUUCGAAAACCCUGCGUGCACGGUUCUAUAGCGAUGAACUUCCGGCUGAGAGCAGACGUUACGUCGUGCCUGAAAUAA